UUUCAGGUAAUAAAAGCUCGAAUUCCGCGCAAAAAUCACGCUGGAGAGCAGUCGGAAGUCGGCGGACCCGGCGACCACUGUCGCUCAUCGAAACCAUUUGGAUUUCUUGGCGGGAUGGGGAGCCGGAUGCAUCGAAACAUGCAUUUUGUAUCCAUCAAAUAAAAUCAUCUUUCGACAGCAACUUCAUGGAUUCCACGUGAAAGAUGCAAUUCAACAAAUCAAAUUGGAAGGCGUUGGAAAGUUGUACAGAGGACUAUUACCUCCUCUAAUAAUGCGAACGACGAGUAGAGCAUUAAUGUACGGAUUAUAUGAUGAAUUUCAGAUCUCCUUAAAAUGUCCACGUUCACCUCCGAACUCUUCGUUUUCAAUUUGUCACGCUCAAGCUGCAUUUCUGUCAGGAGUAUGCGAAGCAAUGCUCUGCCCGCUGGAACGGGUUCAAGUACUUCUUCAAACAACAAUAUUUCAUGACAAAUUUAAGAACACAUUACACACUUUCAAUCGUCUCCGCGACUAUGGUUAUCGGGAAUAUUAUCGAGGAUUUUCUGUUAUUCUCAUCCGAAAUAGUCUUUCAAAUACAAUUUUCUUCACUCUUCGAGAUCCGUUGAAACAAAAAAUAGUCGGAAUCCCACAAGCUGGACGUCUUCCUGAAUCACUUCAGCAACUAAUUGGUGAUUUCGUAGCUGGAUCUCUAUUGGGAGCAACCAUUUCUACAGCAUUUUUCCCAUUAGGUGUUAUCAAGAAUCAUAUGCAAGCGAAGGUUGGUGUCAAAUACGAAAGUGGUUUCAAAGUAUUUCGUGAUGUGUGGCAACUUCGAAAUCGUUCGCUUCGUGGUCUUUAUUUAGGUGUUCAUCUAAAUUUCACUCGAUCCUUAGUAGCAUGGGGAAUCAUCAAUUCAAUGUAUGGAAUCCUUCGGCGAGCACUUGCUCCAUUUGAAUAAUAAGAAACAAAAAUUAUAACCUCACAUUUUGUGCCUUUCUUUCUUUUGCUCCCAAUCAAACCAGCCAAAAAUUUUCACUUUCACUUGAAUUCUAGGAAUUCGAUUUGUUUAUUGAUUGCUCGUAAUAGGAAAAAUAGAUAUCAAUAUUAUUGUUUUAGAAAAAUAUCAAAAAUUUCGCAAAUCUUAUCCCGCUCACUCUUCUUUCUGGUCUAAUUUUACGCAUGGCCUACGUGUUUUGGUUUUCCAUGUAAAUAAUAAAAUCCGUUGAACUCACCGGACGUAUAAGUCU